AUGUCUGAAAAAGGGACAGAAGUGCUGUUGGAAAUGAAGACCGAUGUAGAAGAUGCUAGCAAAAGCCAUGACGGACUAUCAGAGGAGAUUCUGCUCAAUCCUGACAUUCAAUGCAUCUCAAACAUACUGGAAAACUGCAUCAGUCAGAUUGAGUUUGCUGCAGCUCUUCCUUCCAUUCUAAAGUUUAGCUGUGAAUCUAGUGAUGUGGACAAGGGGUUGAGGAGAGCCCUUGAAGAGCAUCAAGCAUUAACUGAACGACUGGAGACACUAGAGGAUCUCAAAGGGUCAAAUGAAGAUCAAGAGGUGAAAGAUGAAGAAGAAAGAGCUCAGCUCAAAGAGGACUUUCAGAACUCUGUCAGGAAUCUGCUCAGGCUUGUCCGAACCCGUCCAGAUGUCAUUUCUGACUUAAGGGCAGAGCAGAAAAUGCAGAUAGGGGAGAGUGAGUCCAUACUAAUUACAGAGCUAAACAAGUUUCAUGGCCAAAUGAUGGACAAGUUGCUAACCACUGUGGAUCAUAAGCUUAAGCCGGCCCUCUUCAAGCAUCCCACUGCCCUUACCGUCAACAUAGAAAGACAAGAAGCAAAACUAGCAGCAUAUAUGAAGGAAAUAGAUGAAAAGGUAAGACACCUUGGGGGAAUCAAGUCCACUUUAUGUGUAACUUCCUUUGACGCAGCCAGUGGAAAAUAAACCCAUCAGACUUUUCUUAGUCUUAUUAUUUCUUUUAAUUCUGCCUUGUUAGACUGAAGUGUUCUGUCCUUUUGGUUAUUUUUCUGUCUUGCUGUAUUUCCCUGUAUCCCAGAUUUCUCUGCAAAAUAUUGAGAUAGAAAAUUUGACCGGAUCCCUGGAGGAGAAAAAUACUGAAGAAGCCAACUUGUCAAUCGUUGCUGGUCAUCAUGUUAGGGUGCCAAAGAAGAGCCGUUUACAACAGGAAACUGAUCAACUGCAAACGCAGCUCAACAAUUUGAUGCUUGAAAACAGAGAAGCAGAAAGAGUAAUCCAAAAGGUAUUGUUUUUAGAAUUUAACAUUAAGAUUUUUAUAUUUAUUUGUACUUACUUUGUUAUUUAAUUUGGCAUCAUAUCUUUUCUGUCUUGACAGAAAAAUGAUCAAUUGGAGGCAGAAAUUGAAUACUUGCUCCAGAGUUUUGACACAAGGAUAGAAGAAAUCCAGGUACACACUUGGACACCUUUGUCACCACAAAAAGUUAAUAAAAAUAAGGGUUGAAAGCAGGAUUUAAUAAUAGUUCUCAUACUGAUUGAGACUAUGUUCUGAAAGAUUAACAUGUCAGUAAAAACGCAAUAGUUGUUUCACAAUAUACACUUGACCUGAUAUCCAAUUUGAUUUAACAAACACAUGUCAUGUUUUUGCUUUAAUUUUUUUUUAAAUCCUUCUCCUCACCCAACACCAACAUCAUAACUGCCAUAUUUCUGUGUCUCAGGCUGACCUAGAGGUCAGUCAAAUGAAUUAUAAGAAGGACCUUGAGGAGCUGAAGACAUUGGAGAUACCCUUUUCUGUCCUUGAAGUGGAGUUCAACCAGAUCCAAGAGAAGCAUCGUCUUGAGGAAGAGAAGAGAAAGGAGGAGAUGAAAGAGCUGGAGCUGAAGACCAAAGCUGCGCUCUAUGCCCAGGCCUGGUGGAGAGGCUACAGCACCCGCAAAGCAUUGAAGAACAAAGGCAAAGAUAAAAAGGCAAAAAAAGGCAAAGGCAAGAAGACCAAAUAAACCAUUAUAAGUUUAGUUUUUCUGAUGGUACAGUGACAGAUUCUGCUGUGCACAUUUGUCUUUAGAUGCAGCAGUGUAAAUUCUAUAUCGCCGAUGUAAUGUCUGUUUGUGUUCUUAGUAAAGUAGUUAAUACUGCACUGAUUUUUAUUGUUUAAUAUCAGGUAUUGUUUAAAACCUGAAUAGUCCUUCAAAGUACACAGCUUCACUCAAAUUCCAACUGAAAUUAGGUCUAUCAUUCUGAUGGACUGACUCUAUGUUUUUUGCUUCCAUGAAGUACCACAGGGUGGCAGUGCAGACUGCUUGUAAUUACAUUUGUCUGCAGGGCUCAGAGAAAGCCACAGUAGUACC